AUGGAGGCCGAUGAAGACAGAAAUUUGUCAAGGAGAAAAAAGCGGUGGAGCAUGAAUUCUCAACGAUUAGAUGCUAUAGUGGCGCAGCUGAUAAAACCUAUCAAGGAUCUCGGUCAAAACUUCGAUACAGGCGUAAGCGCGCUAUUGGAGGAUUACCUGACAGAGGCAGGUCUACGUGCACUCGAUGCCGAAGAAAGCACAGAAGUUGAGCCUAACUUUGCCGAGAUUGCUAUGAUACUGCAACAUUUGGCCAAUAUCUAUAGCCGCAAGGUGGACUAUCUCUAUCAGGAUGUAUUAAGGAUCACAGAUUCCUUAAAUAACACUCUUAGCAUAGAAGAGACCGAGCAGGGUCAAACAGUGGGAAGUAAAAGAAAAGCAACAGGUCCAAUUGGGUUUGACCUUAUUGAAUUGCAGACUGCAUCUAGUGCAAAUCGUGAACCUGUGCCGAGGGUGCCACCUACACUACCUCGAAUGUAUAUAGAACUCGAACCACGACAGAUUGCUGAUGGAGAUGCACAGCUGCUGGACAGGACCGGGGAACCCAUUGGUCUAUUAGCUGAUUUCCAUGUGGCAUGGCGAUUGCAGGGAGGGUAUUUAGUGGAAGAAUUAGAGCAGAACUCAUGUAAAGGCGGCCUACGCCCUCUCCAAGACUUAGAGCUAUCCAGUCCACCGCAAUCUCCUUGCGCAGUGCCCGAUGCACCUGAACCCGCACCCCCUCUCACGAUGCCGCAGCUUAACACGCCCCAGCUGCCCCCAUCGCCUUUAUUACCUCUAUCUCCAUUUAAUUGCUCCACACCUAAAGCCCAAAAAUGUGAAAGAAAGAGACGGAGAGAAGUUAAUCAAGAAUCAAACCAAGUGGUCAAGCUUCUCAUUAGCGAAGAAAUGUUGGCGGCGCUUCGAGCUCAGGAGGAGUUCAGUCUACCAGAGAGUUGGAUCCGUCGCGUUAUAGAUCGCCGGAGCGGGCAGGUCCUCGCGGCGAGAAUUCCUCUGCGCUCAUUCAAAGAAACAGAGUUUCGCGGAUGGGAUAGCGUUGCGGAGGCGGGAGGUUUCUGUGGAUGGCCAGCGGAAGAAGCGCAGACCGCGCUCACGGCGCUGCGCCGGAUUCGCGCUCGAGCUGACGAGAGCGAUGACGACGGAUUCUUCGAACAAAGUUCCUACAGCGAUGGUGAGCCAAGGCAGUCGCCAGCGCAUCUUCAGCCCUCUUUGAGCACCGCAGUGGAAGAAUCUGAUUGGCAGAGUUGGCAGGAGCGUGUUCUCUCUCGUAUCGUCGAAAAAACGCCGGACGUCCAGCAGACCGCUGCGCAGCUGCUCAAUGCUUUGGGGAGGACGCAGAACUCCACACACGUCAAUGUGCUGCUGCGUCACCAACACCAAAAACAUGGAACCCAUCCAGCUCAUCUUACUCUUGCUGCCCUAUUUUUGGCAAAUAGUGGCAACAUAGAAAUAAUCCAAGGCGAGCCCCUCACUGUCAAUUCGUUCUCAGUCAAGCUGUUGUCUACUGACGAGUCUCAUUAUAGACCCGCUAUCGCAAAAGACCACCUUAGCUGA